AGAGCUUUUCUGCCAACCAUGAUGAAAAACAACCACGGUCACAUUGUCACGGUGGCUUCGGCAGCAGGUCAUUUUGUGACUUCUUUCAUGGUGGCUUAUUGUUCAAGCAAGUUUGCUGCAGUUGGAUUUCAUAAAGCUCUGACAGAGGAGCUGUCUAGCCUGGGAAAGGAUGGAAUAAAAACUACGUGUCUUUGUCCGGUUUUCAUAAACACUGGAUUUGUCAAAAACCCCAGGACAAGGCUUGGAAAGAUUUUGGAGACUGAAGAGGUUGUAGAGGCCCUGAUGGAAGGAAUACUGACCAACCAGAAAAUGAUUUUUGUUCCAUCACAGCUAAGUAUUGCUUUACUUUCUGAAUGGUUGUUUCCAGAACGUGCCUUGGAUUUUCUGAAAAAGCUGACCGAUGCCAAGUUUGACGCAGUUGUUGGGCAGAGAGGCACUCAGUGAAAAGCAAAAAAUGCUUCUGCCUUCCCAGUGGCAUGAGUGAAAACAAUGUGUGCUGAGCGUAGUUCAGCUGCUUUGAUUUGGAGCAGAACUGAGAUGCUUCCAGGCCACCACUUCCAAGCACACCUAAGGGCUUAUCCCACACCUGCAGCAGGGACACACCUGCAUAACAUGGAGUGUU